CCUCCAUAUUCGAAUUUUAAAAGACGGAAAAUACCAAUGAGAUGGAAAAUACAAAAUUAUAUCUUCCUACUGGCAAAAUACUGGUUAAAGAAUGAUAAGAAAUGCCCGUUUUUAGUCUAUGAUAUCCUUUCAAAGGGAUAAAGACGAUGCAUCUUGCAGUUUUGUUGAAUAAUGGAAUUUGGCAUUUACAAUAAAUGAGCACCCGUGAUUAAUGAUGGCGGUGAACUUUUUUAGGCAUCCGUACUUGAUAGAUCACCUAGCAUCAGCUUUAAAAGAAAAUUGCACAAUUUUGCUGAAUCGUAUGACCUCAAAAGAACUACUAGUUUGUUACAUUUGCAAUGAAUUUGUAAAACAAACCAAUAAACCAUGCUUGGUAUUAACAGCUCUAGAAGAUUCUGAUAGACAUCAUAGAUUCAGAAGAUGGUUAGAGGUAAUAACAAAUUUACACCUUGAAGUGUUGGGAAAGCAGCUGACUGAUGCCACAAAUGAGAAGGUUAUAGUUUACACAACGCCAUUGGACUAUUAUUUAAGGCAUAAGCUCAAGGAUACAUUUUUGGAUAAGCUGGGUCUUAUUAUUGUAGAUUUGACUGCUAUUGAAAUAGAUAAAGAAAUAUUGAAAGAGAUCAGAUCUAGUUUUGAAAUGAUCAGAGAAAGGGAAAUCAGAUUUGUUAUGCUUGUGAGCAUAAGCAAGUACACAUAUUGUGCAAAUAGUAUUAAAGAUUUUCUUAAGUUAUGCAACCAAACAAUUCCGAUAAUGCCUCUUAAAGUAGCCACUGACUCAAUUGCCAUUGGAUGUGAUGCUGGUGUUAUUAAAUCGUUCAGAAAUAUAUCUAAAGACACAGUUGCUGAUGAGCCAGCUUUGCUUCUUAUUAAACAGGAACUGGAAGAAUGUGAAUGUUUUUUAAAAGUCUUAGAGAAUGAAAGCCUAUCAGCUAAAAGAGAGGUUUUUUUGCAAGUCAUCAACAAUCUCAAGUUUCAUCUGGAAGCUUUUGGACCUGCAGCCUUUGCAUUUUGUUUGGAUGAGUUCCACAAAGUUAUCAAAGAUGCAGAAGAAGUUGAAAGAGAAGUUUCUUUGCAUUGCUUAAUGUUAAAGUUCUUGAAAACAAAACAGAUUGUAAUGGAUUCAUUAUUCAAGGAGUAUUUUGAGCAAAAGAAGCAAAUUAGGCUAGUUCACUCAUGUCUUGAAAUGGCUUUACAUACCUUAGAAAAUGAAGUAAAUAUGGUGCCAAAGUCACAACAAGUCACACUGAGAUUUGCAUUACUUGUUGAUUCAAAUGUCACAGCCAGGGUAUUAUUCUCAACUCUCCAAGAACUUAAAAUGACAACCAGAUUUAAUUAUUUAAAUAGAUUCUCAAUAUACCUCAUUAAUACAACUUUUUGUGAUGCUAUAAAUCCACUAGAGAAUACCCUGAUCAUUACAACCAUAGAUCACAAUUCAAUUUUAAGGCACAACUUUCAAUGUAAUAUUUGUAUUUGUAUUGGUAUACCAAAAGACUAUGAAGAUUUUCUAAAGAUUAAAAGACUUCUUAUCUGGAAAGAGGGAACUCUGCAUUUCAUGCUGUCAUCAACAAAUGCUAAUUUUGCAGCCAGCAUGAAGCUUCUUGAUGAAUUUGAAGAAAUUGAAAAUGUUUUUCUGCAAAUGACUUCAUCAUACAUAGAGCCAAACGCAGCAAGAGAUUCUAUUCACAAGUUAAUGCUAGAUUCCAUCUCAUUCAAACCAAACAACAUACCUGUGCAAAUAAGUCCAGUUGAAACAAUUAGUGUAAUCAACAGAUAUUGCAAAUUUCUUUCUGUUGGUAAACUGGAUUUUUCUGUUAACUCAGAAUUUGAAUUUUGGAUAGACGACAACUCCUCCAAUUUGUAUGGAAGGACACACUUACAUUUACCUGCAAAAUCAAUGCUGACCAAACCAGUGACGGCUCCUUGUGUAGCACUCUCGCUUGAACAUCAUGACCUGACAGAUGUGAAGAUCCUAUCUAGAGUUGCUACUUGUUGGGAAGCAUGCAAGUUGCUGCAUGAUGCCUCAGAAUUGGAUGCAGCAAUGGUACCAACAAGGAUGCUCAGACACCAAACAAGAGACUCAACUACUCAUGAUUUUCCAGUCAAAGUAUCAAAAAGGUCUUGGUAUAAGAAGCCUAUACCAGAAAUAUUGAAAGAUUCCUUUCCUCGGCAAGGAUCUAAAGUUUAUAUCUAUAUGAUUGAGUCUGCUGAGUCAGUGAACAGUGCUGAUGAUAGAUAUAAAAAGAAACUAGGGUUUUGCACAAGGAAAAGGCUACCUAAGCUUCCUGCAUUUGUUAUAUACAAACGAAGACAAAAGAUAUUACUAAGCAUCCGGGAGGUAGCAACGAGAACACUAGAAGAAGGGAGCAACAAUUGUCUACUUUAUUUCCAUUUCUACGUCCUCAACAGUAUUCUCAAGUAUGAAGUCAAUGGAUGCGAUGACACCUGUCAGCCGGACAAUGGUCUGUUAUGGACAGUUCUGAAAGAGGAUGGGGAAGGAAUUUCAAUCGAUGAACGGUUCCUGGAGUCUCUGUUACACUCUAGAGAUUGUAGUCAGACAACAAAUGUUGAUUUAGAUUUGUGUGGCAACAUUAAAGAUGCCAUAGUUGUACCCCGACAUAGAAAGGAUGAGGAUGUUGUUUAUAUUGUUCAAGGCAUUUGCAGAGACGUUACGCCACUUGAUGUAUUCCCAAACAAGCAAGUUGCAAAUAGCUAUCUAGAUUAUUAUCGAAAUAAGCAUAAUAUCGAGCUUAAACCUGAUCAACAUAUGGUUGAAGUUAAGUCUAGAGGUAAAGACUUGAAUCUUUUACAAAAAAGAUUUCCAGAAAAAGAAAGCAGCAAAUUCCUAAGAAAUAAAAACAAUAUCGUCAUUCCUCAAGAAUUAUGCUCGGUUCAUCCGAUACCAAGUCAUUUGUGGGAACAAAUCGAUUGGAUACCAGUUGUUAUUCAUCGUAUGACGUCACUGCUCUUGGUCAAAGAAUUUCAGGAUGUGCUAUGUGACGAAUUUGGUCUUUUUAGUUCAGAAUGCUCUCCUGCUAUCGAUGACUGUAUUUGUUUAAAACUUAACGAAUUUCACGUGGCAAGGGACCAAGCGAUGCUGCAGAGUAUCGAGAAAGAAUUUGUGGGAUCAAAAACCGUAUUAGAAGAAAACACGAAAGGUAACGAUGAUGGGACAGGAGAGCCUUCGUCCAGUCGGAGAGUACGCCAGCAGUUAAAAAACGAUAUCGGUUCGCUUUCCAGUGAGCCCUGCAACUUCAGUGCUGGAAAUAAUGAGAGUCUUGCUUCAGAUUUUGUAGCGGAUAUUGUGAAGCGAAGAUUAUUACCUCCUCCAUCUUUUCUACUUGUAGCUUUGACGUCAAUUGAAGCUGGUGAUCUGUUUGACUGUGAAAAGCUUGCCAUUCUUGGUGAUGCAUUUUUGUGUUUCGCAGUUUCUGUUCAGCUGUUUUAUCAGAAUCUCAAUGAACACGUCAUGUCACAAGAAAGAGGCGUCUUGGUUCGAAUAUGAUGCUUUACCAAAAAGGUGAUUUAAAGGAGCUCUGGAAAUACCUCUUUGAAGAGCGGUUUGACUAUAAAUCAAAUUUGAUGGUUAAAGCAGUUGUUAAUUGUGAGCGUAUAAAUCUCCUUACAGAGGAAGAC